CACCCCCCUGCCGCCAUGGCGGGGGUGCUGGCCCGCAAGGCCGCGGACUAUGUGCGGAGCAAGGACUUCAGGGACUAUCUGAUGAGUACGCACUUUUGGGGACCGGUAGCCAACUGGGGACUCCCUAUUGCUGCUAUUAAUGACAUGAAGAAAUCUCCAGAGAUCAUCAGUGGCCGAAUGACAUUUGCACUGUGUUGUUACUCUUUGACUUUUAUGAGAUUUGCCUACAAGGUACAGCCAAGAAACUGGCUUCUGUUUGCAUGUCACUUCACUAAUGAAAUCGCACAGCUAAUCCAAGGAGGACGACUGAUGAAAUACAGGAUGGAAAAGAAGAACUAAAUAUCUUUAUCUGGGAAAAACAGAAUGUGCUCCUCAUCGUGAAUUACAACAAAGGAAGAGCUCUACAGGUGCUGUGAUGCAGACUUUUGCAUUUUCUUCUCCAUCAUAAAAUUCAUCAUGAAUACAAGAUCUUGCCAACACAAAACACAUCAACCUUCCGUUAAAUUUUGUAGCCUGCCUUUUUUGUAAAGUACUCUUCCGAAUGUAAACAAUUACAUCUAACUCUUUGCUGCCUUACAAGUACUGACUUUACUUUUCUAUUAAUGAAAUUACUUAUCCAAAUCAUGUUUAAUAAUUUUUUUAAAAAGAUGAGAACUUUUGUUUUUAUUUAACCAGCUACAUAACUGAAUGGCACAGGACCAUUUCAUGCAUCUUAAGCCUGCUAGAUCAAUGUGAACGUAGAGGUCAGUAAGACACAAUUGUAGAUGGUGUAAUUGUUCUGCAUAUUUAAAUAUUUUAAAAACCAUUUAACAUAGUACUUGCAGAGCAUCCAUUCCUUACUGUUUCAUCAUUAAAAUUUAUACCAGACUUCAGCAAGACAUUGCUGAUCUAAAAGUAUGCAUUUGCAGGCUUGCCAGGUCACUCAUUGCAUGUCUGUUUUCAGUAAUGUGACUAAUGGAUUUUACCUGAAAGGGCAUGCUACUUACUUUUUUUUACAUAAUUCCUGGUCCCUAGAAUCACCUUGAGAGAAGCAAGAAUUUCUUGUAAACCUAAGGAGGGUAACAGGUUACAAACAUGCAUAUUAAGAAGAUUGGAAUGUUGUGGAUUUUUAUAUUUUGUUAAACAUAUUCAUUUUGUGCAGGUGGGCCUCUGAAGGUCACUCCAGUCCUUAUUCAGGCAAAAAAACUUCCCUUUCCUUCGGUGGGAGCCUUGUCAGGGUGAGAUCUGAAGGAUAAAACUCCAUUGUCUGUUUUCCUCACAUUGUGGCAGUCCAAGUGUGUGUGUGGGUUUUCUUUUUCUUUUCUUUUUUUUUCUCUCCUGCUUACUUCUUCAUCACACUUGCUUGAAAGUGGCAUCAGCAACUGCAAAUAAUGCAUACAACAUAAAUAAUGUAUGUGCCAGACAUAAUUUUAUUAUCAGUAAAAUGAUUUUGGACAGUAAAAUCUGUGUCCCAACUAAGUAAUGUACUGUCAGAAAGUUUUAAUCAAAAUAAUGGCAAUAAAUUUCAAUAAAACUCUGAUGCAAGUA